GGAGAGACACAUACUUGAAAGACAUUCUCUCUCUCUCAUUCUCUGGCUCGGUGGCUUGAGAGAGAGAGAGAGAGAUGGGAAGAGGACGGGUGGAGCUGAAGAGGAUUGAGAACAAGAUUAAUCGUCAGGUAACCUUCUCCAAAAGGAGAAAUGGUUUACUUAAGAAAGCUUACGAGCUUUCUGUUCUUUGUGAUGCCGAGGUUGCUCUCAUCGUCUUCUCCAGUCGCGGCAAGCUUUAUGAGUUCGGAAGCGCCGGUAUGAACAAAACCCUUGAGCGAUACCAACGAUGUUGUUACACUCCUCAAGACACCAGUGCUGCUGAUCGUGAAACACAGAGCUGGUACCAGGAAGUCUCCAAGUUGAAGGCAAAAUAUGAAUCUCUUCAGCGCUCACAGAGGCAUUUGCUUGGUGAAGAUCUUGGUCCACUUAGUGUGAAAGAGCUGCAAAAUCUUGAGAAACAGCUGGAAGGAGCUCUGUCACAAGCGAGGCAACGGAAGACACAAAUAAUGCUUGAACAAAUGGAAGAACUCCGCCGAAAGGAGCGUUAUCUUGGAGACUUAAACAAGCAGCUCAAAAAUAAGUUGUUUCAGCUUGAAGCUGAAGGACAUAGCUCUCUUAGAGCUAUUCAAUGCUCGUGGGAUUCUACUUCAGUGGUUGGAAACAAUGCUUUUACUACACACCCUUCUCAGUCCAACAACCCUAUGGACUGCGAACCCACCUUACAAAUAGGGUACCACAACUUUGUUCCACCGGAAGGAACAGCUAUUCCUCGGAGUGUAGCCGGCGAGAGUAAUUUCAUCCAUGGAUGGGUCCUCUGAAUUCUCAGGCAAACUCAGCAAAAGACCUAAAACUAUAAGCUUGGCAUAUUAUAUGUUGUUAAGCUUUUCUGACAUGGUUUGAAGGAUCUGCUUCGAUUAUGAUUCAUGACUAUAUAUACUGGUUUUUGAAACUUUUCAUUUGCUACCAGAAAAAAAUAA